AUGGCCUUAUUAGAAGAAUUAAUUUUCGCGUCCGACCAAUUGGUUGAGUUCCAUGCGGACUUCAAGGACAAACCAAGUGCCACUUUUACGGUUUCUUUAUUAGAAGCGUUUAGCGCUGAAUUAUCCGAUCUAUGGUCCGAAUUUAAACUAGCUUACCGUCAGUUCAUGAGAACAGACGAUGAAGAGUUAAAAAGAACUUCGGUAAAUGAAGUGAAAGCCAAAUAUCGUAGUGCUUCCAAUACGUAUUUCAUAUGCGCAAGCUCCAUUUCUGAUUUUUUAAAGUCUCUUCAAACUAGUGUUUCAGAACUACCUGAAAAAGAUUCUAGUUUAAAUUUCUCUAAAAUUGAAAGCAGUGGACACAAUAUUAAGGUUCCUGCAUGCGAUACUCAAGAAUUUCACGGGAACUAUUUACAGUGGCCAUCAUUCCGCGAUAUGUUUACUGCGGUUUACAUUAAUCACUCUAAACUUAGCGAUGUUCAAAAGUUAUUUCAUUUACGCGCAAAAACCAAAGACCAUGCAUUCGACAUUGUUAAUAAGUUCAAAUCUAGCAAAGAUAUAAAAUCACUCCAAAGUAACAUUAAUGACGCUAUAAUUGCGCUCAAAUCAUACGAAAUCAAUGUCGAUUCCUGGAAUGCGAUCCUAAUUUUUCUGUGUGCCUCUCGACUACCAGAUAAAACACUUAAUCUUUUUGAAAGUUCACUAGUAAAACCCACUGAGGUUCCCACUUGGGAACAAAUGAAUACGUUCCUAUCCAAUCGCUAUCGCGUUCUCGAAAGUGUCUCUGAAAUGAAACAGAUCACUCCGAAACCAAAUAAAACUCCCAGUAGCAAACCUAUUUCACCCAAGGUCAAACCAAUUCAAAAUUUUCACUUAAAAGUCACUCCCUCUUGUCAAGUAUGUUCCGAACAGCACCCUCUACGACUCUGUCCUAUAUUUUUAAAAAUGUCAGUCGAUGAUAGACAUAAAACUGUCCGGAAACAUAAAUUUUGUUUCAAUUGCCUUGCAAUCACUCACAAUGCACAGCAAUGUCAAAGUACAAGCACUUGCCUUCGUUGCAAAGGAAGACAUCAUACUCUGUUACAUUUUGAACGAAAAUUAUCUACAAUUAAUAAUUCUAUUCAUCAAAACACUCCACUUCAUUCAUCUCAGCGUUUUUCACCUUCAUCAUCUCAACUCGAUUCUUCUGCUUCAUCCUCACCUUUAGUUAAACUCGAUCAUCAACAUAACAUACAGUCCACUUCAACUUCAAAUCAUAUCGUCAUGUUUUCAAAAACUUUUCGUCAAGUUUUAUUAGCAACUGCUAUAGUUAAAAUCCAUCACUUUGGAAAUGAUUUUCAUUUACGAGCUUUAAUUGAUCAAGGAUCCGAAGUGUCCUUUAUAACUGAACAUUUUCAAAAACUUAUCGGUCUACCAACCCAAUCUACUCAAGCCCGAAUAUGUGGCAUGGGUACCACUGAAACUGCUUCAUCUUCGAAGCUCUGCACUUUCACUCUUUUCUCUAAUAAUGUCAGAGAUUUUAAAAUUCAAGUUGAAGCUUUAGUUCUUAAAAAGCUGACAAGUAAUUUACCUGCGGUUUCAAUGAAUCUUACUCAAACGGAAAUUCAUUUUGAUUUUCCUUUGGCAGAUCCGCUUUUUUAUCAAAGUUCCAGCAUUGACAUGCUCAUCGGAGCUGACCUUUAUCCUCAUAUAAUCUUGGAAGGUUUGAAAAAGAAUGUUUUGAGUACUAUCAUCGCUCAGAAUACUGUUUUUGGUUGGAUACUUCUGGGGCCUUAUGAAACUGCUCCUGUUGUAUCAACUUUUUCCACUUUCGUCACCCGCAAGAACGAUUUACUAGCAAAAGUAGAUCAAAAAAUUGAAAGAUUUUGGAAACUUGAGGAGUUACCUCAUACUCCUAUACUCACUCCAUCCGAUCAACUAUGCGAAGAUUUAUAUCGCGAUACAACUUAUCGAGAUCCAUUAACGGGUCGAUUUGUCGUUAGACUCCCUUUUAAAAACCCUCCGCAAGAAUCAUUUUUGGGUGUCUCGCGUUUCAACGCAAUGCAACAAUAUAUCCGCAAUGAAAAAUCAAUGUUGGCUAAACCUGCUCUCAAAGGAGAAUACGAAAAGGUUUUAGCAGAAUAUAUCUCUUUAAAUCACAUGACACCCACUUCAUCCUAUGAAUUAUUUGAUCAAGAUAAUGUUCAAUCUUUUUAUCUUCCACAUCACGCCGUUUUAAAACCUCAAAGCACCACUACCAAAUUGCGGGUAGUAUUUAAUGCCUCAAGCCACUCUUCUAAUGGCCAUUUUUUACGAGGUGGCCCUUUGUUAAGUCCUCCAGAACCCUGUGAAGCUCAAAAAGACAUAAGUUUAAUACGUAGGUGGAAUACACUUAAAGCCAUACAUCAUCAAUUCAGUAUACGCUGGAAAGAAGAGUACUUAAAAGAGUUAAUCAAACGUUAUAAAUGGAAAUAUCCGCAAAGAGACAUGGAAGUCGGGGAUCUAGUUGUUCUUAGAGAUGAACAAUUACCUCCUAAUGAGUGGCGACUUGGAAGAGUCCUUGAAGUCCACCGUGGACCCGAUAAUAGAGUCCGCGUUGUCGACGUCAAGACUCAGAAAGGAGUUGUCAGGCGUUCUAUCGUCAAGUUAUGCAUUCUACCUUCGGAUUGA